AUGAGCGCGGCCGCCAUUUUACACCAUCCAGAGUGGAGGAGCGGAGCCGGACCCUACACCGGGGGAGACGCACACUUUUCUCCUUUUUUACAACACACUUCCUUCAGAAAUAACCCAUACCACACACCUUAGUUGAUCCGUCGGCAGAUUUCUGGAGACAUGGCCACAGAACAUGUAAAUGGAAAUGGUACAGAAGAAGCCAUGGACACCACUGCUGCAGUUACCCAUUCUGAACACUUCCAGACUUUAUUAGAAGCUGGUUUACCACAGAAAGUUGCUGAAAAACUAGAUGAAAUUUACAUAGCAGGCUUGGUAGCGCACAGUGACCUAGAUGAAAGGGCUAUUGAAGCUUUGAAAGAAUUUAAUGAAGACGGUGCACUGCAAGUUUUACUCCAGUUUAAAGAGAGUGAUCUGUCACAUGUGCAAAACAAAAGUGCCUUUCUGUGUGGAGUAAUGAAGACUUACAGACAGAGGGAGAAACAGGGGACCAAAGUGUCAGAUUCCAGUAAAGGACCAGAUGAAGCAAAAAUAAAAGCUCUGCUGGAGAGAACCAGCUACACGCUGGACGUGACGACGGGCCAGCGGAAGUACGGCGGUCCUCCCCCGGAAUCUGUGUACUCAGGCGUGCAGCCAACAAUCGGUACAGAGAUUUUUGUGGGCAAAAUUCCGAGAGAUCUGUUUGAGGAUGAGCUGGUACCCCUGUUUGAGAAGGCGGGGCCAAUUUGGGACCUGCGCCUGAUGAUGGAUCCCCUCAGUGGGCUGAACAGGGGCUACGCCUUCGUCACUUUCUGCACUAAAGAGGCCGCUCAGGAGGCAGUUAAACUGUGUAAUAACAAUGAAAUUCGACCUGGCAAACACAUUGGAGUCUGCAUCUCGGUAGCCAAUAACAGACUGUUCGUCGGCUCCAUCCCCAAGAGCAAAACAAAAGAACAGAUUGUAGAGGAGUUCGCUAAAGUCACAGAGGGUCUUAAUGAUGUCAUACUGUACCAUCAGCCGGAUGAUAAGAAAAAGAACAGGGGCUUCUGCUUCCUGGAGUACGAAGACCACAAAACAGCGGCCAUGGCGCGGCGCCGGCUGAUGAGCGGCAAGGUGAAGGUGUGGGGCAAUGUGACGGUGACGGUGGAGUGGGCCGACCCCAUCGAGGACCCCGACCCCGAGGUGAUGGCCAAGGUGAAAGUUUUGUUUGUGCGGAACCUUGCGAGUACUGUAACAGAAGAAAUACUUGAAAAGGCCUUCAGCCAGUUCGGGAAGCUGGAACGAGUGAAGAAGCUGAAGGAUUACGCCUUCAUCCACUUUGACGACAGGGAAGGCGCUGUGAAGGCUUUAGCAGAAAUGAAUGGAAAAGAGCUGGAAGGAGAGCACAUCGAAAUAGUGUUUGCAAAACCCCCAGAUCAGAAGAGGAAAGAGCGCAAGGCUCAGAGACAAGCGGCCAAAACUCAAAUGUAUGACGAUUACUAUUACUACGGCCCCCCUCACAUGCCGCCUCCCACGAGAGGCCGAGGCAGGGGCGGCAGCCGGGGCGGCUACUCCUACCCCCCUGAAUACUACGGCUACGAAGAUUACUAUGAUUACUAUGGCUAUGAUUACCACAAUUACCGUGGCGGAUACGAGGACCCCUACUACGGCUACGAUGAAUUUCAGGUCCCCAGUAGAGGAAGAGGGGGCCGGGGCGCGCGGGGGGCCUCCCCCGCCCGGGGCCGCGGGGCCGGCGCCGGCGCUCCGCGGGGAAGGGCCGGCUUCUCGCAGCGGGGUGGGCCCGGAUCGAGCCGAGGGGCGCGUGGUGCCAGAGGAGGCGUGCAGCAGAGAGCCCGCGGGGUACGUGGUGCGUGGGGUGGCCGCGGUGGAAGUGUAGGAGGCAAGCGCAAAGCUGAUGGGUACAACCAGCCAGAUUCCAAGCGGCGCCAGACCAAUAAUCAGAACUGGGGCUCUCAACCCAUUGCUCAGCAACCGCUCCAAGGUGGUGAUCAUUCUGGUAACUAUGGUUACAAAUCUGACAGCCAGGAGUUUUAUCAGGAUUCUUUUGGGCAACAGUGGAAGUAGAACAGUAGGGCUUCGGUUGCAAAAAAAAAAAAAAAAACUUUUUUUUAGAGACUCGAUCUGAACCUGUUUGGCCCUAAAUCUGAACGAAUGGUUGCCUUUUUUUAAUUGGUGACAUCUGGCAAGAUUUCACUUUUGUAUAUAUUUUUUAACAAUCCGCUUGGACUUGAACAGUAGUUAUACACUCCCACCUGUUUCUGGCGAACUGGUUUUAUUAUUUUUAAUUUGUUUGAAUCAACCUCACAUUUUGAAAUUUCAAGAUUUGCAUUAAUGUGGUUUAAGCUUGGUCUGUUUGGCCAUAGCAUCAUGUAUAUGUUAAUAGAAAUUUUGGUCUCCAUGUUUUAAGUAGGUUAG